AUGAUUACACCAUGUUGUCAAGGUGAUUAUUUUGUUGUGAACCAUCGUGAUGUCAUGAACGCAUUACAAGUGGCUGAUGAUGAAAAAAAAACUUUUUAUGAAAAUAAUUCUCAGGUAAUGCACGCCGAACUAGAAAUAAAUCUCAAUUCAAUGAUGAUGAACGAUCGAGACGUUUGGUCACUUAUAGCCUUAGAUCAUUCAAGUAUGAGUGAACUUGUUACAUUCAUUUCUCCGCAUGAACAACAAUGUGGCAUGAUGCAAGAAACCUAUUAUUAUUCAACUCAAUCAGAUGAUCAGUACCAACAGAUUUCUCACCAUCAACACAUACUUGUGUUGAGAAAUGCCAAGGUGAAAUACAUUUGUUCAACUCCAAAAUGUAUGAAACAACGGAAAGAAUGGACAACAGCUAGAGGACGUGCCCUGUUUCUCUUCGAAAAUCCAUCAUUCCUAACAUCCCAGCAUCUCAUCGUUUAUCAUUUAUUCGAACAAAACUGUAAUUUGUGUCAUCAAAAUGUACAGCCAAGCUGGUAUUUAGAUGAAACAUGUCGUGUCAUACGAGAGAUAGCCCAACUGAUAAUAAUGAAUUUUUAUCCCAAUUUAAUUGAUAUUCAACCGGUAUAUUUAUUUGGACAACUUGUUCAACGAUCGUUAAGGCAACGCCCGAGUGCAAUGAGACGUACCCACGAUAAUCGAUCAUGUCAACCGUGGAAUGAAACAAAAACCGAAGAAAGGCGUUUUUAUUUCUGUUCCAAUUUGGAAACAAUGGUAGGACAAAGUAAUACAGAUGUUAAUCCAACAUUAUUAAAACAAAAAUCAGUUAGUGAAACGGUCGUUGUAUCAGAAUUGGUAUUUGAUGUUAACGCACAAUCACUACAACGAAGUAAAUCAUCGUGUGACGAUAUUAGAGCUAAUCCAAAUCAAAAAGGAAAGUUUCGAAUUAAAAUGAAUCAUAACAAAAGUAUCGUGGCUCCAAGAAAAUCUCAUCAUUCAUCAAGUGAUUCUGACAGUGGUAUUGAAGAUUUUCGUGCUGGUGAGAGUAUCGAUACAUUCAAAGCUAUUGAGACAUCCCGACAACAAUAUAUAAGUAUAAGUUCAAAAUCUGUGGAUGAAUGCUCUAUUGAAGAUGAUGAUGUAAAGAAUCUUUCGUCAGUCACAACGACACCACGAUGUUUGACACCAAUGCCAUAUAUACCAACGCUACAUGGCGAUGCUGAAUUAGCUGCUAAUAUCCCAGAUAGUGAAAAGAAAGAUUUUUGUGCUAACACGGCUGUAGUAUUUCAUGCUGAAUUUGCACGUUUAAUACUGGCAGUAAUAUCAAAAUAUAACAAAAGUUAUACUUUAAUGGUGUAUGAUGCAAUGCCGGUAGAGUCAACUAAUAUCCAAUACGAUUUUCUCAAGGUCGAUAAUGCUAAAGCACAAUUCAAAUGUACAUGUUGUGGUCAUGCGUGGACAUCGAUGAGAGCCCGUUGUUCAUUUCACCUAUCACAUCCAGAUGUUGGCAUUAUUUUACUUAAAGUAUUUAAUCAAAUAUGUUCAGUAUGCUCACAAGCAACCGAACCAUUGUGGUAUAUCGAUGAAGUAUGUCGUGUUAUGAAAAAUUUGGCUGCUACAGUAUUUGAGAGAUAUUUUCCAGACGAGUGUUACGAAUUAAAGAUGACUUAUUUUGGUAGUCAUAAUGAUUCAAUUCGUCAACGAAAAGGUACCAUGUCAACGGUACACCUUGAAUCAUUAUGUGAAGCGUGUCAAAUGGGUAUUUGUUUUCCUAAAAGUAUGAAAAAAUAUAGUCAUCAUCAAUAA